UCGGGUCAAAGAUUAUAUCAACGAAAUAUCGAGUAUUUAAAUUUUUACCAUUUUCCCUUAAUUGAGAGUUCAAUUUUGAAUACCGAUAUACAUGAAUAAAUAUUUUUUUUAUAAUUGCUAUUUGCUACUUGUUAUCUCUUACUCUUAAUUUGUGGUCUCUAGUGGCGAGGGUUUUUUACUAAACUGUAUCUUUAUUCUCAUCAAAUAAAUUAUGAUAAUUUUAAAGGGAAGUACUUUAAUAAUGAACUCCAAAAUGCAUUUAUCAAGAAAGUUGUUAACGGCCAUGGCAGCAUACUCUACAAAAGUUUCCUUAAACGAAGUGGUAAUAGCAUCUGCAGUCAGAACUCCUAUAGGAUCGUUCAGGGGAAGCCUUUCGUCGUUAUCAGCCACCGAGCUUGGAGCUGUUGCCGUCAAAGCGGCUAUCGAAAGAGCCGGCAUUCCUAAGGAAGAAAUUAAAGAGGUGUACAUGGGUAAUGUUUGUGCGGCAUACCUUGGACAAGCUCCAGCCAGACAAGCAGUAAUAUUUGGUGGCAUGCCAAAAAGCACAAUAUGCACUACAGUAAACAAAGUUUGUUCUUCUGGAAUGAAGUCAAUCAUGUUGGCUGCACAAGGCCUACAAACUGGAGCUCAGGAAGUAAUGCUUGCGGGUGGCAUGGAAUCUAUGUCAAAUGUACCUUUCUACUUAAAAAGAGGUGAAACUUCUUAUGGUGGAAUGCAGUUAGUUGAUGGUAUAGUGUAUGAUGGGCUUACAGAUGUCUAUAACAAAUUUCACAUGGGCAAUUGUGCUGAAAAUACAGCAAAAAAACUUGGUAUAUCAAGGCAAGAGCAAGAUGAUUAUGCCAUAUCUAGUUACAAACGAAGUGCAGCUGCUUACGAAUCAAAAGCCUUUGUUGAUGAAUUAAUCCCAGUAUCAGUACCUCAGAAGAGAGGUGCACCCCCAGUAUUAUUUUCUGAAGAUGAAGAGUACAAAAAGGUUAAUUUUGAGAAGUUUAAUAAACUGUCAACAGUAUUUCAAAAAGAAAAUGGCACAGUUACAGCAGGCAAUGCUUCAACACUAAAUGAUGGUGCUGCAGCACGUUUAAUGACAGCGGAAGCUGCACAUAGGUUGAAUGUAAAACCAUUAGCUCGUAUCAUUGGAUUUGCUGAUGGAGAAUGUGAUCCAAUUGAUUUUCCCAUUGCACCAGCUGUAGCUAUCCCAAAAUUGUUGGAAAAAACUGGUGUCAAUAAAGAUGACAUAGCACUUUGGGAAAUCAAUGAAGCCUUCAGUGUUGUGGCUGUUGCUAAUCAGAAGAUGUUGAAUCUAGACCCUUCUAAAUUGAAUGUCCAUGGUGGCGGAGUUAGUCUUGGUCAUCCAAUAGGCAUGUCUGGAAGCCGUAUAGUAGUUCAUUUAUGCCAUGCUUUAAAAAAGGGAGAAAAAGGUGUUGCAGCAAUUUGUAAUGGAGGCGGCGGAGCUUCAUCAAUUAUGAUUGAAAAAUUGUAAGUUCUAUUAGGUUUGCUUUUAAAAAUUGGUUUUUGGUGAAUUAUAUUGUAAAUAUAAAAUACACAUAUGGUUUUAAAAUACUUUAUAAUUAUAGAGGAUUCCUUAACUCAAACCUUGUGCCUUAAAAGCUGAAUAUGAAUGUAAUCUUUCAAACAAAUAUAUUACAUAGCUUUAAGCAAAAAUGUUUUAUGCUUGUUUUAGCAUUGUUAACUGUAUACUUCACAGGUUUUUUGAAAUAUUAUUUUGUUAAAGCAAUAAAUUAUUAUUUUUAUUA